UCUUGUAAUCGAAUGUAGGUAUGUAAUGAUUUCAUAAAAUUUGUACUUUGUGAGUUCUAUUUUUAAAUAAUUAUGACAAUAGACUUAUCGCCACGAAAUUAUCAAUUAUGAGUGACUCCUGUAGUGAAAACACUGAUUUCUUAGUGUCGUUACCAUCAGAUUUCUUUCAAGUCCACACUUCAGACAGUGAAACGAAUGAAGACACAGUCACUGAAGAGUUGUCGAUCAGCUCAAGUAGUUUCAAAGGUGUAAUUGACAAUUUAGUGACAAAUUUAGAUACUUUAUCAAAUCAAAUUAACGAAAUAGAACAAAUGGAAACUAGCUACAUCAGCAAUGGUCUGUCUAGUCCUCUUAGUGCUUCCUCACCUCUUAAACGAAAUGCCGAAAGAAAAAUAAACUAUAGUUCCAUUGAUUCUUUGAUGCAUGAAAUGGUCAAUACUUAUGAGUACAAUGAUAAGUUAUUAAGAAAUUUAGAUAAUAGCCAUGCUCAGCGUAAUGUCAGUUUUCAAGAAAAAGAUGUUAAAUCUCCUCUUAUAACCAAAAAAACUGUUAGUGAUGGAUUAGAAGAUAACAAUUUACAGAGUUUAUGUGAUGACUUGGAAAAUGUAACCCCACGUGUAACUACAACUUUAAAUGAUUACCAAAAAUUGGACUCUGUUUCAAAAGAAAAUUUGUGGUUGAAACUCGGAAAAGAAAUUUAUCGUAGACAAAAUAUAGAAAAAAAAGUUUUAGAUUUAGAAGAGAAGUUAUCAAGUUAUGAAAAAAGAAUAGUUGAAUAUAAAGAAGUAGAUUGCCAAAAAAAUAAUCUUCUUGAUGAUCUUGCUGCACGGUCUGCUAUGAUUUUAAGUCAAGUAAGAGCAUAUAGUACAAUCAAUGAAAAAAUCAACAGAGAUUUACAAUCUGAGCGCAAAAAUAAAAAAGAAAUUUUGGAAACUGUUAAAGAAAAAAUCGAACAUUAUAAAAGUGAUACAGCUAAAGCAAUUUCUCGGAGUAAUUCUUACAAGGCUCGAACAGAAAAUGCUGAAAAAAAGUUAGAUGAAUUAUUAAUUAAAUGCCAAAAAGUAGAAGAACAAACAAAACAAUUACAAAUAAGUUUUGAAAAAAAAAAUGAAGAAAAUGAAUUACUACAAAAUGAAUUGGUUAAACUACAAGAAAAAAAUAAAAGUAUAUCCGAAAAGUACAAUAGAUCAAUAAAUAAGUGUAGUGAGUUAGAGAAAGAAGUACUAGUAUUAAGUCAAGAAAAAAAAGUACUAUGUGAGAAAACUUUAAAAUAUGAUCAACUUUUAGAUCAAAAGCGUAGAAUUGAAGACAUUGUUGAUCAAAUGAAAAGUACUGAGGCUCAAACUGCAGAGGAACUUAAUGCAGCAAAAGAAGAAAUUAAAACUGUAAAAAAUGAUCUAAAGAGCUUUUAUCAAAAACAGCUAGAUGCUAUGCUCUCUGAAAAAGUGUCCGAUUAUCAGCGUAAAUUAGAUGGAAUUGUUCAAAUUACAAAUGAGGAAAAUAAAUUGAUAAAACUUCAAAUGAAUAACCAAAUAAUUAAUUUAAAAGAAAGGUAUGAAAAAGAAAAGUCACUACUCAAUUCAAAACACAGAGAAGAGUUGGAACGUUAUGAAGUACUUAUAAAAGAUAAAUUAGAAUGUAUUUCUGCUUUGGAAAAACGUUUAGAAGCCGAAGUUCAAGAAAAGCGACAAUUGGUUAAAAGUGUGAUGGGAGUGGUAAAAAAUGUAAACAUUGAUAGUCAAUCAAAUUCAAAAUUAAAUAGUGAUAUUAAGUACCAAAGAAAAAAAUCUAAUAAUAAUAGUAACUCAUCUUCAAAAUUAGAUGAUUUUUCGUUUUUUGAACAAGAACAUUUAUUGCACCAAGUAACUCCAACAGAAUUAAGAAAGCAUAUUGAAAUUCUUUUAAAUAAAUAUCCUGGAAAUCCUUUGACACAAAAAUGAAAAUGUUGUUGUAUUAUAACUUGUUUAUUUGAGUAUUGCAUAAAAUUUCCAACUAUAUUUAUAAAUAUUUAUUGUUCCUUCACACAUUAAUUUAUUUAAAUUAUAUAAUUUAUAUAUACAAUUCUAAC